UCUUGCUGUUCAUUUUAGUUUGGAAACAAUGUGGCGCGCUAUAACUUUUUUGCUGCCUGCAAUCGCAGUACUGGGCAUUGCCCACGCUGGACCGAUCGAUGGUACGGCACCGCUGUUAGAUGAACGUAUUAUCGGCGGUCAGAAUACACAUAUCGGCAAUCAUCCCUACCAGGUGUCAUUGCGUUUAGAUGGUCAUCAUUUCUGCGGCGGUUCAAUUAUUGGGCAAAAAUUGGUAUUAACUGCAGCACAUUGCAUCUUCAAGGAUUUGCUCGAUAAAUAUGAAAUACAAUAUGGUGUCACGAAUGUUGCAAGCAGAAAAAAUCUGAUCAAAGUCACAGAUAUCAUAACACAUGAGAACUUUGACACGGUUACAAUUGAUUACGAUGUUGCACUCGUCAUACUCGCAACGCCGAUUCCACUCGGUGCUAAUGCAAAAAUUAUUGCGUUAGCGAGCAAUAAUCCAGCGGCAGGUACGAAUGCCAUUGUCAGCGGUUGGGGUCAAGCAGAUGAGAAUGGUCCGACUGUUCAAAUUUUGAAGAGAUUAACUGCCGAAGUUGUUGCACAGCAUGUAUGUCAAGAGAAAUACAGAGAAAUUGAUGACAUCACCAGCCGCAUGAUUUGCGCUGGCCUAGUCGGUGGAGAGGGCACCUGUGGUGGCGAUUCCGGUGGUCCUUUGGUCGAGAAUAGCGUACAAGUUGGUAUUGUUUCGUGGGGUGUCGGUUGUGCGCACCCUGAUUUUCCUGGUGUUUACAGCAGUGUUGCAAAUUUACGCGAUUGGAUCGAUGCGAAUAGUCCUUAAGUUAUAUGAUAAUUAUUGUCACGAAAUGUUAAUGGAAGUCACCAAUGAUUAAUAAACAAAUUGAAACAUAUUAA